CUCAAUCAUGGACCAGAUCGCAACCAAUUCAACCAAAGAACACUGUGGCUUGUCUGAAAUGCCAGCGCGUCCAUUUUUCAUAACUGUAUAUGCAGUCAUUUUUGUGGCAAGCCUAAUGCUCAACAGCAUUGCCAUUUACGUGUAUUUUUUUAAAGUUACAACUCAGUCCAGCAUCACAGUCUAUCUGAAGAAUCUGGCAAUAGCUGACUUGUUUGUCUGCCUGUGUCUGAUAUUACGCAUUGUUAAGUAUGCUAGCCCUUCAGAGGGAUUUCAAAAUAUAUACUGUAAUUUUGGAUCGCCAGCUUCUUACCUCAACAUGUACUCCAGUAUUCUCUUCAUGGGCUACAUUGCUGCAAACAGAUAUAUGAGAAUUGUGCGGCCACAGGAGGCUCACAGGUUACAAACGGUCCGCUCGACCUGCUACAUCUGCGCCGUGACCUGGGCUGCUUUGCUGGGAUUUAAUUUGGUCUACAUUGCUGCUUUCAUCAUUACUGAUAAAGAACAUCCUGCCGACAGUGGUUUUGACUGUGAAAGCUUUCAUAACAACUUGGUCAAACAGAUCCACCUGGUCAUGCAGAUCACUGCCUUUUUAGGCUUUUUGUGUGUGCUGGUGUCCCUCAUUCUGUUUUAUUGGUGGAACGUACAGAAGCUUCAGCAAGCUCAACGCACUAUGCCGGAACAGCCUGGUAACAAUAAGCUUAGCAAGUCCAAACGUAACAUGCGGGUUCUAGUGGUCAUAUUCUGUGUGUGCUUUGUGCCGUAUCACCUGGUAAGACUGCCAUAUGUGUUUAUUAAUCCCUUGCUGCAUGACUGCACCACAGCUCAGGUUUUCCACAUCCUAAAAGAGCUAACUGUCCUACUUGCAGUACUAAAUGCUUCUUUGGAUCCGAUAAUUUACUUUGUUUUUUGCAAGACCUUCAGGAGCCAUCUUAACCUCCAAAGAUUUUGCAGAUCAGAAUGA